GCGGCGGCCUUUAGGGCGGAGCUGGUGUGCGCUCUCCUCAGUCGGCCGCGGGCUAGCUGACCGUCCGGCUUCCGCCGCCGGUUUCUGUGGUUCGCCCGUCUGCCCGCUAGCUCUCGCGCCGAGUCGCGGCCGCUCUCUCAGCGCUGCCCGCGGUCCCGAGCGCGGCGCCAUGUCGGAGCCCGGGGGCGGCGGCGGCGAGGACGGCUCGGCCGGCCUGGAGGUGUCGGCCGUGCAGAAUGUGGCCGACGUGUCGGUGCUGCAGAAGCACCUGCGCAAGCUGGUGCCACUGCUGCUGGAGGAUGGCGGCGAGGCGCCGGCCGCGCUGGAGGCGGCGCUGGAGGAGAAGAGCGCCCUGGAGCAGAUGCGCAAGUUCCUGUCCGACCCGCAGGUCCACACGGUCCUGGUGGAGCGCUCCACGCUCAAAGAGGAUGUUGGUGAUGAAGGAGAAGAAGAAAAAGAAUUCAUUUCCUAUAAUAUCAACAUAGACAUUCAUUAUGGAGUGAAGUCCAAUAGCUUGGCAUUCAUUAAACGUACUCCAGUAAUUGAUGCAGACAAACCAGUAUCUUCUCAGCUCCGAGUCCUCACACUCAGUGAAGACUCACCGUAUGAAACCUUGCAUUCCUUCAUUAGCAAUGCAGUGGCUCCUUUUUUCAAGUCCUAUAUCAGAGAGUCGGGCAAAGCAGACAGGGAUGGUGAUAAAAUGGCUCCUUCAGUUGAAAAAAAGAUUGCAGAACUUGAAAUGGGACUCCUUCACUUGCAGCAAAAUAUUGAAAUUCCAGAGAUCAGCCUGCCAAUUCAUCCAAUUAUUACAAAUGUUGCAAAACAGUGUUAUGAACGUGGCGAAAAGCCAAAAGUUACAGACUUUGGAGAUAAGGUUGAAGACCCAACUUUUCUCAAUCAGUUACAAUCUGGAGUUAACCGCUGGAUCCGAGAAAUUCAAAAAGUGACCAAACUUGAUCGAGAUCCUGCCUCAGGAACUGCCUUACAGGAAAUUAGUUUUUGGCUAAACUUGGAACGUGCAUUAUACCGCAUCCAGGAGAAACGCGAGAGCCCAGAAGUUCUCCUGACUCUGGACAUCUUGAAACAUGGCAAGCGUUUCCAUGCCACUGUCAGUUUCGACACUGACACAGGUCUAAAACAGGCUUUGGAAACUGUGAAUGACUACAAUCCUCUGAUGAAAGAUUUUCCUCUGAAUGAUUUGCUGUCUGCCACUGAGCUAGACAAAAUAAGGCAGGCACUUGUUGCCAUUUUCACCCAUUUGAGAAAGAUCCGAAACACAAAAUAUCCCAUUCAGAGGGCACUGCGUUUAGUGGAGGCAAUUUCAAGAGACUUGAGUUCUCAAUUACUCAAAGUAUUGGGCACUAGAAAACUGAUGCAUGUUGCUUAUGAAGAAUUUGAAAAAGUUAUGGUAGCAUGCUUUGAAGUUUUCCAGACUUGGGAUGAUGAAUAUGAGAAACUUCAGGUGUUAUUGAGAGACAUUGUCAAAAGAAAAAGGGAGGAAAAUCUGAAGAUGGUGUGGCGAAUCAACCCUGCUCACAGGAAGCUUCAGGCUCGCCUUGACCAGAUGAGAAAAUUUAGGCGCCAGCAUGAACAGCUGAGAGCUGUCAUUGUCAGGGUCCUGAGGCCACAGGUCACAGCAGUAGCACAACAGAAUCAAGGAGAGGUACCUGAACCCCAAGAUAUGAAAGUAGCUGAGGUUCUCUUUGAUGCUGCUGAUGCGAAUGCUAUUGAGGAAGUAAACCUUGCUUACGAGAAUGUCAAGGAAGUGGACGGGCUAGAUGUUUCCAAGGAAGGCACGGAAGCUUGGGAGGCUGCAAUGAAGAGAUAUGAUGAGAGAAUUGACAGAGUGGAGACCCGCAUCACUGCUCGCCUUCGAGAUCAGCUGGGCACAGCCAAGAAUGCUAACGAGAUGUUUAGGAUUUUCUCCAGGUUCAAUGCACUGUUUGUCAGGCCUCACAUCCGUGGGGCCAUCCGUGAAUAUCAGACCCAGCUAAUCCAACGUGUGAAAGAUGACAUUGAGUCUCUUCACGACAAGUUCAAGGUCCAGUACCCACAAAGUCAGGCAUGUAAGAUGAGCCAUGUGCGCGAUCUGCCCCCUGUGUCAGGGUCUAUCAUCUGGGCAAAACAGAUCGACAGACAGCUGACCGCCUACAUGAAGCGUGUGGAGGACGUCCUGGGCAAGGGAUGGGAGAACCACGUGGAGGGGCAGAAGCUGAAGCAGGAUGGAGACAGUUUCCGCAUGAAGCUCAACACUCAAGAGAUAUUUGAUGACUGGGCAAGGAAGGUGCAGCAGCGGAACCUCGGCGUCUCGGGGCGCAUUUUCACCAUUGAAAGUACUCGGGUUCGGGGCCGAAGUGGAAAUGUACUUAAGCUAAAGGUUAACUUCCUUCCUGAGAUUAUCACACUUUCCAAAGAAGUUCGAAACCUCAAGUGGCUUGGUUUCCGCGUCCCACUGGCGAUUGUGAACAAGGCUCAUCAAGCAAACCAGCUCUACCCCUUUGCCAUCUCACUGAUUGAAAGUGUCCGGACUUACGAAAGGACCUGUGAAAAAGUGGAGGAGCGGAACACCAUUUCACUUCUGGUAGCUGGCUUGAAAAAGGAAGUGCAGGCUCUGAUUGCAGAGGGCAUUGCGUUGGUGUGGGAAUCCUACAAACUUGAUCCCUAUGUACAACGCUUAGCAGAGACUGUCUUCAACUUCCAAGAAAAGGUGGAUGAUCUGCUGAUUAUUGAAGAAAAAAUAGACCUGGAAGUCCGUUCCUUGGAAACUUGUAUGUAUGAUCAUAAGACUUUCUCAGAGAUCUUGAACAGAGUCCAGAAGGCCGUGGACGACUUAAAUCUGCACUCCUAUUCCAAUUUGCCCAUCUGGGUCAACAAGCUUGAUAUGGAGAUUGAAAGAAUAUUGGGUGUUCGCCUACAAGCUGGCCUAAGAGCUUGGACCCAGGUACUUCUUGGACAAGCAGAAGAUAAAGCAGAAGUUGACAUGGAUACGGAUGCACCGCAAGUCAGUCACAAGCCUGGUGGAGAGCCCAAGAUCAAAAAUGUCGUUCAUGAGCUAAGAAUAACCAAUCAGGUCAUCUAUUUGAAUCCGCCAAUUGAAGAGUGCAGGUACAAGCUGUAUCAGGAGAUGUUUGCCUGGAAGAUGGUUGUGCUGUCUCUCCCCAGGAUCCAGAGUCAGAGAUACCAGGUGGGCGUACAUUACGAGUUAACUGAAGAGGAGAAGUUCUAUCGGAAUGCUCUAACACGGAUGCCGGAUGGCCCCGUUGCCCUGGAGGAGUCCUAUUCUGCAGUCAUGGGCAUUGUCACUGAAGUCGAGCAGUAUGUCAAGGUUUGGCUUCAGUAUCAGUGCUUAUGGGAUAUGCAAGCUGAAAACAUCUACAACAGACUUGGGGAAGAUCUCAACAAAUGGCAAGCUCUCUUGGUUCAGAUAAGGAAGGCCAGGGGGACUUUUGACAAUGCGGAAACCAAGAAAGAGUUUGGACCAGUGGUUAUAGAUUACGGCAAGGUACAAUCUAAGGUGAACUUGAAGUACGACUCCUGGCAUAAGGAGGUUCUCAGCAAAUUUGGGCAGAUGCUCGGAUCCAACAUGACAGAAUUCCAUUCCCAGAUUUCAAAGUCUCGCCAGGAAUUGGAGCAGCACUCGGUGGACACGGCCAGCACCUCUGACGCGGUGACCUUCAUCACCUACGUGCAGUCUUUGAAACGGAAGAUCAAGCAGUUUGAAAAACAAGUUGAGCUCUACCGCAAUGGUCAGCGCUUGCUGGAAAAGCAGAGGUUCCAGUUCCCGCCUUCCUGGCUGUAUAUUGACAACAUCGAGGGAGAGUGGGGGGCCUUCAAUGACAUCAUGCGGCGGAAAGACUCUGCCAUUCAGCAGCAGGUGGCAAACCUGCAAAUGAAGAUCGUGCAGGAGGACCGAGCUGUGGAAAGCCGCACCACUGACCUGCUGACAGACUGGGAGAAAACCAAGCCUGUCACGGGCAAUCUUCGCCCAGAGGAGGCACUUCAGGCUCUCACCAUAUAUGAAGGGAAGUUUGGCAGACUGAAGGAUGACCGAGAAAAGUGUGCCAAGGCCAAGGAGGCGCUGGAAUUGACAGAUACAGGGCUUCUCAGCGGCAGCGAAGAGCGAGUCCAGGUGGCCUUAGAAGAAUUACAGGACCUCAAAGGUGUUUGGUCAGAACUUUCUAAGGUCUGGGAGCAAAUCGAUCAGAUGAAGGAGCAACCAUGGGUUUCGGUACAGCCUCGAAAGCUUCGACAAAAUUUGGAUGGCCUCUUGAAUCAGCUGAAAAACUUCCCUGCACGAUUACGGCAGUAUGCGUCCUAUGAGUUUGUCCAGAGGCUUCUGAAAGGUUAUCUGAAGAUAAAUAUGUUGGUGAUCGAGUUGAAAUCUGAAGCACUUAAAGAUCGCCAUUGGAAACAGUUGAUGAAAAGGCUUCAUGUCAAUUGGGUUGUUUCUGAGCUAACCCUUGGCCAAAUCUGGGACGUUGACUUGCAGAAAAAUGAAGCUGUUGUCAAGGAUGUGCUGCUUGUGGCACAAGGAGAGAUGGCUUUGGAAGAAUUUUUGAAGCAGAUAAGAGAAGUAUGGAAUACUUAUGAGUUAGACUUGGUUAACUAUCAGAACAAGUGUCGCUUGAUCCGCGGCUGGGAUGACCUCUUCAACAAGGUCAAGGAGCACAUCAACAGUGUCUCCGCCAUGAAGCUCUCCCCGUACUACAAGGUGUUUGAAGAGGAUGCCCUGAGCUGGGAAGACAAACUGAAUCGGAUCAUGGCUCUGUUUGACGUGUGGAUCGACGUGCAGAGGCGGUGGGUCUACCUGGAAGGCAUCUUUACGGGCAGUGCGGAUAUCAAGCACCUGCUGCCAGUGGAAACCCAGCGGUUCCAGAGUAUCAGCACGGAGUUUCUGGCUCUAAUGAAAAAAGUAUCCAAGUCUCCCCUUGUUAUGGAUGUUCUGAACAUCCAGGGGGUGCAGAGGUCUCUGGAAAGAUUGGCAGACCUGCUAGGAAAGAUCCAGAAAGCACUGGGAGAAUACCUGGAGAGAGAGCGGUCGUCUUUCCCCAGGUUCUAUUUUGUGGGUGAUGAAGAUUUGCUUGAAAUCAUUGGAAACAGCAAGAAUGUAGCUAAGUUACAGAAACAUUUCAAGAAAAUGUUUGCUGGAGUUUCAAGCAUCAUCUUAAAUGAGGAUAACUCUGUUGUCUUGGGCAUUUCAUCCCGUGAAGGAGAGGAGGUUAUGUUUAAAACUCCUGUGUCAAUUACCGAACAUCCCAAAAUCAAUGAGUGGCUCACACUGGUAGAAAAGGAGAUGAGAGUCACGCUGGCUAAACUUCUUGCUGAGUCUGUUACAGAAGUUGAGAUUUUUGGUAAAGCAACUUCAAUUGACCCAAAUACCUACAUCACUUGGAUUGAUAAAUAUCAGGCCCAGCUUGUGGUUUUGUCAGCCCAGAUAGCCUGGUCUGAAAACGUGGAGACGGCUCUGAGCAGCAUUGGUGGGAGCGGCGAUGCGGCUCCCUUGCACUCUGUGCUGAGCAAUGUGGAGGUCACCCUCAACGUGUUGGCCGACUCAGUCCUCAUGGAGCAGCCCCCACUCCGACGACGGAAGCUGGAGCACUUGAUUACAGAGUUAGUUCACCAGAGAGAUGUUACGAGGUCCUUGAUCAAAAGCAAGAUUGACAAUGCCAAAUCUUUUGAAUGGCUGAGCCAGAUGCGAUUUUACUUUGACCCUAAGCAAACUGACGUGUUGCAGCAAUUGUCAAUUCAAAUGGCAAAUGCCAAAUUUAACUAUGGCUUUGAGUACCUCGGUGUGCAGGACAAGCUGGUCCAGACCCCCCUCACCGACCGCUGCUAUUUGACAAUGACACAAGCCUUGGAGGCCAGGCUGGGGGGGUCCCCAUUCGGGCCUGCUGGGACUGGGAAGACCGAGUCUGUCAAAGCUCUUGGCCAUCAGCUUGGACGCUUUGUUUUAGUUUUCAACUGUGAUGAAACCUUUGAUUUCCAGGCGAUGGGACGAAUCUUUGUGGGGCUUUGCCAAGUGGGUGCGUGGGGUUGCUUUGACGAGUUCAACCGCCUGGAGGAGCGGAUGCUUUCAGCCGUGUCCCAGCAGGUGCAGUGCAUUCAGGAAGCGCUGCGCGAGCAUUCCAACCCCAACUAUGAUAAGACCUCUGCCCCCAUUACUUGUGAGCUGCUAAACAAACAAGUCAAGGUGAGCCCAGACAUGGCCAUCUUCAUCACCAUGAACCCUGGCUACGCAGGCAGGUCGAACCUUCCAGACAACUUGAAGAAGCUGUUCCGGAGCUUGGCCAUGACCAAGCCCGACCGGCAGCUGAUUGCCCAGGUCAUGCUGUACUCACAGGGCUUCCGCACUGCCGAAGUUCUUGCCAACAAAAUCGUCCCGUUCUUUAAACUAUGUGAUGAGCAGCUCUCUUCUCAAAGCCAUUAUGACUUUGGUCUUCGAGCUCUGAAGAGUGUGCUGGUAAGUGCUGGUAACGUGAAGAGGGAGAGAAUUCAGAAGAUAAAGAGGGAGAAAGAAGAACGAGGUGAAGCAGUUGAUGAAGGAGAAAUUGCAGAAAAUCUACCUGAACAAGAGAUUCUGAUACAGAGCGUCUGUGAGACGAUGGUGCCAAAGCUGGUGGCAGAAGACAUCCCGCUGCUCUUCAGUCUCUUGUCGGAUGUGUUCCCUGGAGUCCAGUACCACCGGGGUGAAAUGACGGCACUUCGAGAAGAGCUGAAGAAAGUGUGCCAGGAGAUGUAUCUGACGUAUGGAGAUGGAGAAGAAGUUGGUGGAACGUGGGUUGAAAAGGUUCUCCAGCUCUAUCAGAUCACCCAGAUCAACCAUGGCCUGAUGAUGGUGGGGCCUUCGGGAAGUGGGAAGAGCAUGGCCUGGCGUGUUCUUCUGAAGGCUUUGGAGAGGCUUGAGGGUGUGGAAGGUGUGGCCCAUAUCAUUGACCCCAAGGCCAUCAGCAAAGACCACCUCUACGGAACCCUGGACCCCAACACCAGGGAAUGGACAGAUGGGCUGUUCACACAUGUUCUGAGAAAGAUCAUAGACAACGUGAGAGGCGAGCUGCAGAAGCGCCAGUGGAUUGUCUUUGACGGCGAUGUGGAUCCUGAGUGGGUUGAGAACUUGAACUCGGUGCUGGAUGACAACAAGCUCCUAACUCUGCCAAAUGGAGAGCGCCUCAGCCUUCCCCCCAAUGUGCGAAUAAUGUUUGAAGUACAGGACUUGAAAUAUGCUACCCUGGCCACGGUGUCGCGCUGCGGCAUGGUCUGGUUUAGUGAGGAUGUGCUGAGCACGGACAUGAUCUUCAACAACUUCCUGGCCAGGCUGCGCAGCAUCCCCCUGGAUGAGGGGGAGGACGAGGCCCAGCGUCGGCGCAAGGGCAAAGAAGACGAGGGAGAAGAGGCUGCUUCCCCAAUGCUGCAGAUUCAAAGGGAUGCAGCAACAAUCAUGCAGCCAUACUUCACGUCCAAUGGCCUGGUCACCAAGGCCCUGGAGCACGCCUUCAAGCUGGAGCACAUCAUGGACCUGACCCGUCUCCGCUGCCUGGGCUCGCUCUUCUCCAUGCUGCACCAGGCGUGCCGGAACGUGGCCCAGUACAAUGCCAACCACCCCGACUUCCCCAUGCAGAUCGAGCAGCUGGAGCGCUACAUUCAGCGGUAUCUGGUUUAUGCCAUUCUCUGGUCCCUGUCUGGAGACAGUCGGCUGAAAAUGAGAGCAGAGCUGGGUGAAUACAUCAGGAGAAUCACGACUGUGCCGCUGCCCGCUGCACCCAACAUACCUAUUAUUGACUAUGAAGUGUCCAUCAGCGGAGAGUGGUCGCCAUGGCAGGCCAAGGUGCCUCAGAUUGAAGUGGAGACGCACAAGGUGGCAGCCCCUGACGUCGUCGUGCCAACUCUGGACACAGUCCGCCACGAAGCCCUCUUGUACACCUGGCUGGCCGAGCACAAGCCGCUGGUCUUGUGUGGCCCUCCCGGGUCCGGCAAGACCAUGACGCUCUUCAGCGCCCUCCGGGCCUUGCCCGACAUGGAGGUUGUGGGUCUUAACUUCUCAAGCGCUACCACUCCGGAGCUCCUGCUGAAGACUUUUGAUCACUAUUGUGAGUACAGACGCACACCCAACGGGGUCGUUUUGGCUCCUGUUCAACUUGGAAAGUGGCUGGUAUUGUUCUGUGAUGAAAUCAACUUGCCAGACAUGGAUAAAUACGGGACACAGAGGGUCAUAUCCUUCAUCAGACAGAUGGUGGAGCAUGGAGGCUUUUACCGUACCUCAGAUCAAACCUGGGUGAAGCUGGAGAGAAUCCAGUUUGUCGGGGCUUGUAAUCCGCCCACUGACCCUGGAAGAAAGCCCCUCUCUCACAGGUUCUUGCGCCAUGUGCCUGUCGUGUAUGUGGAUUACCCGGGACCUGCCUCCCUGACGCAGAUUUACGGCACCUUCAACCGCGCUAUGCUGAGGCUCAUUCCAUCCCUGCGCACAUAUGCAGAGCCGCUCACUGCUGCGAUGGUGGAGUUCUAUACCAUGUCUCAGGAGAGAUUCACUCAGGACACCCAACCCCACUACAUCUAUUCACCCCGUGAAAUGACUAGGUGGGUGCGAGGUAUCUUUGAGGCACUGAGACCUCUGGAGACUCUGCCUGUGGAAGGCCUCAUUCGGAUUUGGGCACACGAAGCCCUCCGUCUCUUCCAAGACAGACUCGUAGAAGAUGAGGAGAGGCGCUGGACGGAUGAGAACAUCGACAUGGUAGCUCUGAAGCACUUCCCUAACAUAGACAAGGAGAAGGCAGUGAGCCGGCCCAUCCUGUAUAGCAACUGGUUGUCAAAGGAUUACAUCCCAGUAGACCAAGAAGAGUUAAGAGAUUAUGUCAAAGCUAGGCUGAAAGUCUUCUAUGAAGAAGAACUUGAUGUUCCUCUGGUCCUGUUUAAUGAAGUGUUAGACCACGUGCUCAGGAUUGACCGAAUAUUCCGUCAACCUCAAGGCCACUUGCUUCUGAUUGGUGUCAGUGGAGCGGGAAAAACCACCCUGUCCCGUUUUGUGGCCUGGAUGAAUGGUCUGAGUGUGUAUCAGAUUAAGGUCCAUAGGAAGUACACAGGGGAAGACUUUGAUGAAGAUCUCCGGACAGUGUUGAGACGUUCUGGCUGUAAAAAUGAAAAGAUAGCAUUUAUAAUGGAUGAGUCCAAUGUAUUAGACUCUGGAUUCCUGGAGCGAAUGAAUACCCUUCUGGCCAAUGGAGAGGUUCCCGGUCUCUUUGAAGGAGAUGAGUAUGCUACCUUGAUGACCCAGUGUAAAGAGGGGGCCCAGAAGGAGGGCUUGAUGCUGGACUCACACGAGGAGCUGUAUAAAUGGUUCACGAGCCAGGUCAUCCGCAACCUCCACGUUGUCUUCACCAUGAACCCGUCCUCAGAGGGACUCAAGGACCGCGCAGCCACCUCCCCGGCGCUUUUCAACAGGUGUGUGUUGAAUUGGUUUGGGGACUGGUCCACGGAAGCACUGUAUCAAGUUGGCAAAGAAUUCACAAGUAAAAUGGACCUGGAGAAGCCGAAUUAUAUUGUGCCUGAUUACAUGCCAGUUGUGUAUGACAAACUACCGCAGCCACCGUCACAUCGGGAAGCUAUUGUAAAUAGCUGUGUGUUUGUUCAUCAGACUCUUCACCAGGCUAAUGCUCGGCUGGCAAAGCGAGGAGGCAGAACGAUGGCCAUCACGCCUCGCCACUACCUGGACUUCAUUAAUCAUUACGCCAACCUGUUCCAUGAGAAGCGAAGCGAGCUGGAGGAGCAGCAGAUGCAUUUGAACGUUGGGCUUAGAAAAAUCAAGGAGACAGUCGACCAGGUAGAAGAGCUGCGUCGUGACUUGAGGAUAAAGAGCCAAGAGCUGGAGGUAAAGAAUGCGGCGGCCAACGACAAGCUGAAAAAGAUGGUGAAAGACCAACAGGAGGCCGAAAAGAAAAAGGUUAUGAGCCAAGAAAUUCAGGAACAGCUGCAUAAGCAGCAGGAAGUAAUUGCAGACAAACAAAUGAGCGUCAAAGAAGAUCUUGACAAGGUGGAGCCUGCUGUCAUUGAGGCCCAGAAUGCCGUGAAGUCGAUCAAGAAGCAGCACCUGGUGGAGGUGCGCUCCAUGGCCAACCCCCCUGCCGCCGUGAAGCUGGCGCUCGAGUCCAUCUGUCUGCUGCUGGGCGAGAGCACCACCGACUGGAAGCAGAUCCGCUCCAUCAUCAUGCGGGAGAACUUCAUCCCCACCAUCGUGAACUUCUCUGCAGAGGAGAUCAGUGAUGCCAUAAGGGAGAAGAUGAAGAAAAACUACAUGUCCAAUCCAAGCUACAAUUAUGAAAUUGUAAACAGGGCUUCCCUGGCCUGCGGCCCUAUGGUCAAAUGGGCAAUCGCACAGCUUAACUAUGCAGACAUGUUAAAGCGAGUGGAGCCUCUGCGCAAUGAGCUGCAGAAGCUGGAGGAUGACGCCAAGGACAACCAGCAGAAGGCCAACGAGGUGGAGCAGAUGAUCCGGGAUCUGGAAGCCAGCAUCGCCCGCUACAAGGAGGAGUACGCUGUCCUGAUCUCGGAGGCCCAGGCCAUCAAAGCGGACCUGGCCGCUGUCGAAGCAAAAGUAAACCGGAGCACUGCUCUUCUAAAGAGUUUGUCUGCUGAGCGUGAACGAUGGGAAAAAACAAGUGAAACUUUCAAAAACCAGAUGUCCACCAUCGCUGGGGACUGUCUCUUGUCAGCUGCCUUUAUUGCUUACGCGGGUUAUUUUGACCAGCAGAUGCGUCAGAACUUGUUUACCACCUGGUCCCAUCACUUGCAGCAAGCCAACAUCCAGUUCCGCACAGAUAUUGCAAGGACGGAGUACCUUUCCAACGCUGAUGAGCGUCUUCGCUGGCAAGCCAGCUCCUUACCUGCGGAUGACUUGUGCACAGAGAACGCCAUCAUGCUGAAACGCUUCAACAGGUACCCGCUGAUCAUUGACCCCUCUGGACAGGCCACAGAAUUCAUCAUGAAUGAGUACAAGGACCGUAAGAUCACGAGGACCAGCUUCUUGGAUGACGCCUUCAGAAAGAACUUGGAGAGCGCACUGAGAUUUGGGAACCCCCUUCUGGUCCAGGACGUGGAAAGCUACGAUCCAGUUUUGAAUCCAGUACUGAACCGUGAAGUUCGGCGAACGGGGGGGAGAGUGCUGAUUACCCUCGGUGACCAGGACAUAGACCUGUCGCCAUCAUUUGUUAUCUUCCUGUCCACCCGAGACCCAACUGUGGAGUUCCCACCAGAUCUGUGUUCCCGGGUUACUUUUGUCAACUUCACAGUCACCCGAAGCAGUUUACAGAGCCAGUGUCUAAAUGAAGUACUCAAAGCAGAGAGACCUGAUGUGGAUGAAAAACGCUCCGAUCUUCUCAAACUUCAAGGGGAAUUUCAGCUCCGUUUACGUCAGCUAGAAAAAUCUCUGCUGCAAGCUCUGAACGAAGUGAAAGGACGCAUUUUGGAUGACGACACAAUCAUAACGACUCUGGAGAACCUCAAGAGAGAGGCCGCCGAGGUGACAAGAAAAGUGGAGGAGACGGACAUUGUGAUGCAGGAGGUGGAGACUGUGUCCCAGCAGUACCUGCCGCUCUCCACCGCUUGCAGCAGCAUUUACUUCACCAUGGAGUCUCUGAAACAGAUACACUUCUUGUACCAGUACUCCCUCCAGUUUUUCCUGGACAUUUAUCACAACGUCUUAUAUGAGAACCCAAACCUGAAGGGCAUCACCGACCACACGCAGCGCCUCUCCAUCAUAACCAAGGAUCUCUUCCAGGUGGCAUUUAACCGGGUGGCUAGAGGCAUGCUGCAUCAGGACCACAUCACCUUUGCCAUGCUGCUGGCGAGAAUCAAACUGAAGGGCACCAUUGGAGAGCCCACCUACGAUGCCGAAUUCCAGCACUUCUUGAGAGGGAAGGAGAUCGUGCUGAGUGCUGGUUCAACGCCCAAGAUCCAGGGCCUGACUGUCGAGCAGGCCGAAGCGGUUGUGAGGUUGAGCUGUCUCCCUGCGUUUAAAGAUCUGAUUGCAAAGAUUCAGGCUGAUGAGCAAUUUGGCAUCUGGCUGGACAGCAGCUCCCCAGAGCAGACAGUGCCCUACCUCUGGAGUGAAGAGACCCCUGCAACACCCAUCGGGCAAGCCAUCCACCGCCUGCUCUUGAUUCAGGCUUUCCGCCCCGACCGCCUGCUGGCCAUGGCCCACAUGUUUGUUUCCACAAACCUCGGGGAGUCCUUCAUGUCCAUCAUGGAGCAGCCACUCGACCUGACCCACAUUGUGGACACAGAGGUAAAGCCAAAUACUCCUGUCCUCAUGUGCUCUGUGCCUGGUUAUGAUGCUAGUGGGCAUGUUGAAGACCUUGCAGCUGAACAGAACACACAGAUCACUUCGAUUGCAAUUGGCUCGGCAGAAGGCUUCAACCAAGCAGAUAAGGCAAUAAACACAGCCGUGAAGUCAGGCAGGUGGGUGAUGCUGAAGAACGUCCACCUGGCUCCCGGGUGGCUGAUGCAGCUGGAGAAGAAGUUGCACUCCCUGCAGCCGCACGCUUGCUUCAGACUCUUCCUUACCAUGGAGAUCAACCCCAAGGUGCCUGUGAAUCUGCUCCGAGCAGGCCGCAUCUUCGUGUUUGAGCCGCCUCCAGGGGUGAAGGCCAACAUGCUGAGGACGUUCAGCAGCAUCCCUGUCUCGCGGAUAUGCAAGUCUCCCAACGAGCGUGCUCGCUUGUACUUCCUGCUGGCCUGGUUCCAUGCCAUCAUCCAGGAACGCUUACGAUACGCACCCCUGGGGUGGUCAAAGAAGUAUGAGUUUGGGGAAUCUGACCUGCGGUCAGCCUGCGACACGGUGGACACGUGGCUGGACGACACAGCAAAGGGGAGACAGAACAUCUCACCAGAUAAGAUCCCGUGGUCGGCACUGAAGACCUUGAUGGCCCAGUCGAUCUAUGGCGGGCGUGUGGACAAUGAAUUUGACCAGCGUCUGCUCAACACUUUCCUGGAGCGUCUGUUCACGACGAAGAGUUUCGACAGUGAAUUUAAACUGGCUUGCAAGGUCGACGGGCAUAAAGACAUUCAGAUGCCAGAUGGCAUCAGGCGAGAGGAGUUUGUGCAGUGGGUGGAGCUGCUCCCUGACACCCAGACGCCCUCCUGGCUGGGCCUGCCCAACAACGCCGAGCGAGUCCUCCUCACCACCCAGGGCGUGGACAUGAUCAGUAAAAUGCUGAAGAUGCAGAUGCUGGAAGACGAGGACGACCUGGCCUACGCGGAGGCUGAGAAGAAGACGAGGACAGACUCCACGUCCGAUGGGCGCCCCGCCUGGAUGAGGACGCUGCACACCACUGCCUCCAACUGGCUGCACCUCAUCCCCCCGACGCUCAGCCAUCUCAAACGGACAGUGGAGAACAUCAAGGAUCCUUUGUUCAGAUUCUUUGAGAGAGAGGUGAAGAUGGGAGCUAAGUUACUUCAGGAUGUGCGCCAGGAUCUUGCUGAUGUCGUUCAAGUGUGUGAAGGAAAGAAGAAACAGACCAACUACCUGCGUACACUUAUCAAUGAGCUGGUGAAAGGGAUCUUGCCUCGGAGCUGGUCCCACUACACAGUGCCCGCCGGCAUGACCGUCAUCCAGUGGGUGUCUGACUUCAGCGAGAGGAUCAAACAGCUCCAGAACAUCUCCCUGGCAGCUGCAUCUGGCGGCGCCAAGGAGCUAAAGAACAUCCACGUGUGCCUGGGCGGCCUGUUUGUGCCCGAGGCCUACAUCACCGCCACCAGGCAGUACGUGGCCCAGGCCAACAGCUGGUCUCUGGAGGAGCUCUGCCUGGAAGUCAACGUCACCACCUCCCAGAGUGCCACCCUCGAUGCCUGCAGCUUUGGGGUCACGGGUUUGAAGCUCCAGGGGGCCACGUGCAAUAACAACAAGCUCUCGCUCUCCAAUGCCAUCUCCACGGUCCUUCCCCUAACACAGCUGCGCUGGGUCAAGCAGACGAAUGCAGAGAAAAAGGCUAACGUGGUGACCUUACCCGUCUACCUGAACUUCACCCGGGCAGACCUCAUCUUCACCGUGGACUUUGAAAUCGCCACCAAGGAAGACCCUCGCAGCUUCUACGAGCGCGGCGUGGCAGUCCUCUGCACCGAGUGAACCUACAAUUUUCUAGCACCCCUUUCUGUAAUAGUAAAAUUCAAUAUUUAACAUGUAUUCAUUAUUAAAAUGUUCGGAAGGUAUGGACUUGUCAAAGGAAAGUCGCUGGUCUGAGGUUGGAGGACACUGAAGGAUGGCUGACGGUGGCAGAGGUGGAGAUGGAAGGCUGCACGCACGUGUUUUUAGAGGGUCGCUAGUGUGGCUGUUUUAUGAAAUAAAACACUAAGCAUGAGCUGGC